GCUCGAUCAGACACCCUCCACCAACCCCCCCCCGACGUCCCCCCGUCUCAAUCUCUCCUCCUCCUGUCCCCUCGAGGUCCCUCCGUCUCAAUUCGACACCAUGUUCUCCGUUCGCGUCGCCCGCGCCGGCCUCCGUGCCUCCGCCCAGCAGUUCUCCGUGCCUCGCACUGCCGCCCUCAACGGUCUGAGGACCUAUGCCACCCCGGCCCAGGACGUCAAGCCUCCUGUCUCCCUGUUCGGUGUGGACGGCACCUAUGCUACUGCCCUGUACACCGCGUCCGCCAAGUCCGCCAACCUGGACCAGGUGUCCAAGGCUCUGGCCACCCUCGGCCAGACCUUCAAGGCCGACCGCAAGCUGCUCGCCAUCCUGUCCGCCCCGACGCUCACUGCCGCCGACAAGCAGCAGAUCGUCCAGGAGCUGCAGAAGGUCGCCGGCGCCGACAAGGGUGACAUCCUCAAGAACUUCCUCAACACGCUCGCCGAGAACAACCGUCUCGGUCUGCUGGAGGGCGUCUGCGAGAAGUUCGCUACCCUCAUGGGUGCUCACCGCGGUGAGAUUGAGUUGAACAUUACCAGUGCUCAGGAACUCGACACCAAGACCAUCAACCGUCUCGAGCGCGCCGUCUCCAAGUCCGAGUACAGCCAGGGCAAGAAGCUCAAGGUCGUCACCAAGGUCAACCCCGAACUCGUCGGCGGCCUCGUCGUCGAAAUCGGCGACCGCACCAUCGACCUCAGCGUCUCGUCCAAGAUCGCCAAGCUGAACAAGGCCCUCACCGACGCUUUGUAAAUUAUCUUCUUACCUUUCACCCUUUUCCAUAACCAUCCGCAACAUAGCAGCAUAACAUCUUAACAUCUUAACUGGAUUCCCGUUGUUAUAUCUCUAUCUCUAUCUCCAUCUCUAUCUCUAUCUCAAUACUCGACUUUUUUUUCUCUCUUGUCUUUGUAUUCUUAUCCGAUUGAAUUGCAUUCUUGCAUUGUUCGAUCGAUCCUUCCACCCCAUACCACACCACACCAUCACAUCCGUGUCCUGUUUUGCCUGUGGGUUGCUGGGCUAGGUUGCUGGUUUAGGC